CUGUGCUCUGGGGUGAAGUGUCCCUGUGCCAGGCGUGUUGUGCAGUGUGGCAUCACUGAGCAGUGUGGCUGCUGCCCACAGUGUGCCUGUCAGAGAGGGCAGGUGUGUGGAGGCCCCCACUGGGAGAAAGGUUACUGUGACAGACCUCCCUGUUUACUGGACACAGCCCUGUGCCCCUGGGUGUGGGGCUGCAACAUCAGGGCUGGGGUCUGUGACUGCUACUCCCUACAGACUUACCACAGUCUGGACCAAUGUCUCAAAACAAUGAGAGGUGAGUUGUUUAGACUUAGGCACCCAUGUAUACGCGUGACGCAUGCACACACACACACACACACACUGAUAUUGUUGGAAAGUACUGUAGCUUUUCAAUGCUUUGAAGAAUAAGCACCAGCUAGCUGUAUGUGCCUUUGGAGUGGUAGGCAUGUGAUUUGAAAGUUGACUGUUUUCCAGGGCAUGAGCUCUGGAGUGAGAUGAAGAAAGGUGUGGAAUGGGGCUGUGAGCUGCAGGGAAACCAGUGUGUGUAUGUAUGGAGAGGAGCUGUUACUCACCCAUACCAUUACUCUCUGAAGACACCUGUGAAAAUCUUCUAUGUGACAAAAGAUCACAACCAACUGUUGCAACACAGUAGAGUAGAACUACAUUUUGCAAAGGUGUUCAAAAACUCAACAUGAAUGUCUGUACAUGAAUCUCUCUUCUCUCCAUAUGCCUGUCUGAGAGAGCAUGCCGCAGCAAUGUGAACUGUCCUGCUUAUUUCUUCCCGACUGAGCCCUACAUUCCUCCUGGCCAAUGCUGCCCCCUGGUGCCAGCUAUCUGCAACUUUGAGAAAUGCAACUUGGCACCCCCGACCUGUCCUCCUGGCCAGCAAGUCCACCAUGUGGAGAGCGGGGAUGGUAGUCCAGGGGCUUGUUGCCACCGGUACCAGUGUGUGCAGGGUUUGGCACUGCUUAGGCAGCAAAGGGAG